AGGUUUGUCAUAUCUUUGCAUUCUGAUAACUAGUCAAUUGAUGUGACUUAAUCGUCGAUAAUUUGAAGUGUUUUCAUCGACUAUAAAUAUUAAUAUCGGAUUGCUCCAAAUACCCAUAACCAGGGAUAUCAUUCUGAAGUUCAGUUGGAUAACUAUUUUACCAAAAUGAAAUUUAUUGCACUUUUUGCCUUCAUCGCUGUUGCAGCAGCGACUAGACUACCUUUCGAUUCUCAACUAGACGAACAUUGGGAAAACUUCAAGAGGGCUUUCGGAAAGAAGUAUGAUGGUAAAGAAGAGUUUGCAAGGCGUCUAAUCUGGGAACAGAAAGUUGCUGACAUCGUAGAACACAAUCUUCAAGCUGACAUGGGCCUCCACAAAUUCAGAAAAGGUCUUAACCAAUACAGUGAUAUGAGCCAUGAUGAAUUUGUGAAACAUUUCAAUGGAUUUAGAAGCCACGGUUUGAGAAGCAGAAAUGGCAGUGUCUGGGUUGAACCAUUGAACGCCGAAAUUCCCGAUACCGUUGACUGGAGGAAGAAGGGACUUGUUACCCCAAUUAAAAACCAGGAACAAUGUGGUUCUUGCUGGGCUUUCUCCACCACCGGAUCUUUGGAGGGACAACACAUGAAGAAGACCGGAAAAUUGGUUUCACUCAGUGAACAGAAUCUCGUAGAUUGUUCUGGAGCAGAAGGCAACAUGGGCUGUGAAGGAGGUCUUAUGGAUCAAGCUUUCCAGUACAUCAAACAGAACAAAGGAAUUGACACUGAAGCAUCCUACCCAUACACAGCUGAAGAUGGUGACAGAUGUCUUUUCAAGAAAGCCAAUGUAGGAGCCACAUGCACUGGAUACGUUGACAUUCCAACCGGUGAUGAAGAUGCCUUGAAAAAGGCUGCUGCCACUGUAGGUCCAAUUUCAGUUGCCAUUGACGCCAGUCACGACAGCUUCCAAUCAUACCAAGACGGAAUUUACGAUGAACCUGAUUGUAGUACUGACCAAUUAGAUCACGGUGUUUUGGUUGUUGGUUAUGGAAGUGAAGAUGGUAGUGAUUACUGGUUGGUCAAGAACAGUUGGGGAACAAGCUGGGGAAUUAAAGGUUACAUCAAGAUGUCAAGAAACAGUGGCAACCAAUGCGGUAUUGCUACUCAAGCCAGCUAUCCACUUGUAUAAACUUUCAAAAUAUCUGUGAUUAAAGUAACUGUGAUUUUUAGGACUUGAAAAUGGUUUUGAAAAGAAAAAGAUUUUAUGUUACGUUUUUAUUAAAAAAUAUUUUAUAAAAAAUA